AUGGGAAAGCCCAGACCGCAAAAGAAAAAGUCGUCCAAGCCCCGCGAAAAGUCCGUCCUAGGCCCCGGUGGCUCAAUCUCGAAAGGCAACAUGGCUCAAGAUCCUUCCAAACUCCUCGACCAAGCGACGACCCUCUUACAGACCGGCCGGGCCGAUGAGGCACUCGUGCUCGCACAGCAGGCACUGGAUGUUGAACUCGGUGAUAUCGACACGGCCAGAACCUAUUUCCUUCAAGCAGUCCAACUCGAUCAGGAUGGAUCAAUUCCUGAGUCAGAGGGUGGAGGCGCUGAGAAGUUCCUAUGGCUCGCCCAAUUGAGCGAGGCAGGUGGAAAGGAUAGUGUUCUGUGGUUCGAAAUGGGUGUGACAUCUCUCAGACAGGCCCUACAGGGACUUGAAGGGAAGACAUCACCCGAGGCGAUCGCCGACAUUGCGCAAAAGAAAACCAAAUUGUCCAACGCACUCUGUGCCGUUGCCGAGACCUAUAUGACUGAUCUUUCCUGGGAAGAGGACGCUGAAGCUAGAUGCGAAGCUCUUAUUACGGAAGCUAUUACUGUCACCCCCGAAGCACCAGAGGUGCUGCAAACUCUCGCUUCCAUUCGGAUAUCACAACUGCGCACUGAAGAUGCGCAAGCCGCGCUCGUUCGCAGCAUGGGAAUUUGGAAGGACCUCACCCCAGGAGAUGUCAACGUCCCCGAUUUCGCCAUCCGUAUCAGUCUUGCGCGACUUCUCAUGGAAGUGACGCUAGAAUUCGAGGCUCUGGAAGUUCUCGAGCGCCUGAUUCUCGAGGAUGACCAAAGUGUUGAGGCAUGGUACCUCGGAGGAUGGUGUCUCUUCCUGUUAGCAGAGAAGCAACAGGCGCCUAGGGAUGCGACUGCUGAAGAACUUGCCGAGUCUCCCAGACAUGCAUCUCUCGAGGCUAGCCGUGAGUGGCUCAAGCAAAGCUUGAAGCUCUACGGAUUGCUUGAAUACGAGGAUGAGCGUCUCCGUGAUCAUGCGUUGGAGCUUGUCCAGGAGAUGAACAAAGAAAUUGGAGAGGACGAGGAGAGUGAGGAUGAAGCCGUUGGCCCUGAAGGCGAAGGCGAUGACGAAGAGUGGGAGAUCGAGGCCGACUCCGACGAUGAGAUGGCGGACUCUUAG